AUGGGGGAGCCCUUUCUGAAAGCUGCCAUGGCAGUGGCCCUGAAGGGUUGCCAAGUGGAUGUACGGGGUCGGGUGUCGUGUGUGCUGGGGCCUCCACCCUCCCUCAGACUGAGGGGCAGAGGAGGCCCCGGUGAGGCUGGGCCGGUGUCCCUGCAGACGGAGCGCCUGACAGCCGAGCAGAUCAAGGAGUACAAGGGGGUCUUUGAGAUGUUCGACGAGGAGGGCAACGGGCAGGUGAAGACCGGAGAGCUGGAGCGGCUCAUGAGCCUGCUGGGCGUCAAUCCCACCAAGAGUGAGCUGGCCUCCAUGGCCAAGGACGUGGACAGAGACAACAAAGGAUUCUUCAACUGUGACAGCUUCCUGGCCCUGAUGGGGAUUUACUGGGAGAAGGCCCAGAACCAGGAGGGCGAGCUGAGGGCGGCGUUCCGUGUCUUCGACAAGGAGGGCAAGGGUUACAUCGACUGGGACGCGCUCAAGUACGUGCUCAUGAACGCAGGUGAGCCCCUCAGUGAGGCAGAGGCCGAGCAGAUGAUGAAGGAGGCUGACAAGGACGGGGAUGGGACCAUUGACUACGAGGAGUUUGUGGCCAUGAUGACCGGAGAGUCCUUCAAGCUGGUCCAGUAGGAGCAGGUGCUGUGGCCAUGGGAGGCCUGCCCGAAGAAGGCCACUGCUGGCUGCCGCCCACCCCAUCCGGCCCCACCUCUGGCCAAUAAACACUCCCGCCAGACUGCUGUGUGCUUUGCUGUUCCUACCUAGCCCAAAAAGGCUCGCAAGGAUCUGGGACU